UUCAAAAAAAAUCUAAUGUUCAACCACUCAUUUUCAGCUUCAAAAAAAAAAAACCACUCAUUUUCAUUUUCAAAAAAAAAAAACACUCAUUUUCUUUUUCAUCAGUUUUGUAUUCUUUUACUUCUGAUCCAAACAAGUCAUUUUCCUCUAUAUUUCUUCUUCUUAUUUUCUUUUCUCUCACCUUUCAUUUCCUUUUUCGGUUUUUCCUCUCGAAAUUCAAAUUCCCGCCCCCAAAGUGGGAAAGAAAAUCUCAUAAACCUUCUAUUCAUUCUCAGAGAAAACAGAAUAGAAAAAGUACAAAGAAAUCUCAUCAUCAAUCACAUGGACGAUGUUGAUCGCUUGUUCGCAUGCUUCAAGUGCGGUUUAACCCCUCCCAAAUCCGCUUUGAAGGAAAGAAAAAGGAGUAAAAGGAAAUUGGAGCAGGGAAGUUCAAAACAUGAGUUGUCAUUAGAAUCUCCAGAUUCAGGAUCAGUUGGAAGAGAACGGAAAACCUCCUUAGUAUCCAGCAAUACAACAAACGCGGAGUCUUCCGUUGAAAAGUUUAAAUCAGCAGUAACCAAAACUAAACGUGGAAAGCAUAUCUCUCCUGUUGUGUUUUAUGGAUCCCCUCAAGGUGUGCCUCCCAAAAAGCCAACCCGUUUCUUGUGGCGAUUGUUACGUGAGAUACGUCUUGACCUCUCUCAGCCAAAUAAAUUGAAUUUAAGGAAGGAAGUUUGGACUACAUUCCCAAGGCAGGAUGAAGCAAUGAAGUUCGCCAAAGGACAAGAAGAUGUCCAUGUUUUCAGUUAUCAAGAUCACUUUACUGGCAAAAGAAGGUUCCUUGUGUCUACAUAUACCGAAUUCUGGCGAAGGUACAAAAGUAUGGAUUCCAAAUUCCGCCAUCAUUAUGAAGUGAUUCAGGAGGGUUUACCAUGCCACCUUUAUUUUGAUUUGGAGUUUAAUAAGAGAGUCAACAUAGGAAGGAAUGGAGAUGAAAUGGUUGAUCUCUUGAUAUCUGUUGUUUUAGAAGCCUUACAUGAAAAAUAUGCAAUCCAUGGAGAUCAUGAUUGGAUAGUAGAACUUGAUUCUUCAACUGAAGAUAAGUUCUCUCGUCAUCUUAUAAUUCGCAUACCAAAGGCUUCUUUUAAGGAUAACACUCAUGCAGGUGCAUUUGUUUCAGAAAUAUGCUCAAGAAUCUUAACCGCUCGAGGCAAAGAUAGAAGUUUUGAAAAAUUGUUUGUUGUGAAAGAAUCAAGCUGCAACGAAUCUGCUAGCCAACUAUUUGUGGAUACAGCUGUAUAUACUCGGAAUCGUUGUUUCCGUCUUCAUCUAUCGUCAAAGGCAGGAAAACGUUCAGUUCUACUACCAACAAAACGAUUUAAGUGCAAGAACUUGGGUGAAGAAGACGUGUUCAUGGCUUCCUUGAUCUGCAAGAUCGAUGCUGGUUGUGAAAAACUUCUGGUCUGCAAAACUGACUUAGAUUGUGUGAAGACUUUGCAUUUCGAUACAGAGGUAAAUGGUAAUCUUGAAAAUUCCUCCCAAAUUCCUCCAGAAUUUACAUGGAAUACUUGUACAAGUGAUGUUUCAACAACAUACUUAAUGGGAAAGUCACCGUUCCCAUUUCUGGACAAAUUUAUACUAUCUGUUGCUUCUGUUGGGAAUAUACCAGGAAAUAUACAUAGCUGGUAUUUUUUCUCGGAAUUUGGACUUAUAGUCUACAGCAUGACAAAAAAUAGAUAUUGUGAGCGAAUUGGCAGACAUCAUAAAAGCAAUAAUGUGAUAUAUGUUGUUGAUCUAAGAAGGGCAGUGUAUUAUCAGAAAUGUCAUGAUCCAGACUGCAGAGGUUACCGAUCUCCAUUGCGAGAAAUCCCAGUUCACGUGUUCUCCAAUCCUUCAGUUGAUUUUGGUUCAUCUGGGAUGAUAGGUGAUAAACAGCCAGUGGAUGAUGAGUGGAGACAUCAACUUGAUGAUAAUGGCAAGCAAAGUUGUCUGCAAUAUGAAGGCUCUAUUGAGGACAACUCCAAUGACUCUUGGUGGCUAGAAGCCAUACAAGUUGCUGAGGAUAUGGAGAAGGAAAAUAAGCAACAAAUAACACAGCUAAGCUCUAUGGAGGCAAUUGAUGAUGGAGAUGAGGAGUGGUGGCAGGCUGCAGAAAUUACUGCAUCCCAGGCUGAACUGUCCUGCAUCAAUUAAUUCAGGAUCUUAGAAGCGCAAUUCUGCUGGCCAAUAUUAUUGUGCCUUGUAAAUAUAAGAUGCUCUACUCAUUAUUGUGGGAUAAAGGAUUUUCUGUGGCUUUCUACUUGUGGGAUCAACAAAUAGCUCCAGGGACAUCAUAACCAAAACGAAAGAAGGGGCUUGUCGGCUUCGCACUUACCCACAGAAAUGGACAUGAGGUUGUUGUGAAUUGGUUCAAUUAAAUUGUUGAAACUUCUUUUGCAGAAGAUUCCAAGUUAAUUUCACAACAGAUUCUACAAAAGAGCUUCGUAAUAUUUGCUUUUGCUGGGGAUUCCAAGUCUGAUCUUUUUGCCGUUGCCAUCCAUGAAUAAAUGAGCUUUUUUUUUC